CAGACCACGCGUUCGUUACAUUUUGGUGGAGAACCGUCUGGCAAUGCCGCGCAAAGGAAGGAGAUCACAGUCUCGGUCGUACGAAGACUCCGUCAUUGCUGAAGAGAAUUCUGGUCGCUCUUCGUCUUAUGAUCAGCCCAGCGACAGUUCGAGUUCCCACCGACGCUAUUUGGUUCCCGUCCAACUCGACAAAUUUUGGGGCGAUGAAGGCAAAGACCUAGACGGAUGGCUGUUCCAUGUAGACAGCGUGGGUCAAAUGGAGCAGUGGACGUCGGAAGAGAAGAUGCGUCGCGUGGUCGUCGCUCUAGCUGGCCGAGCUCGUACAGAGUACCGCAGCCACAUGUCCACUUAUGAUGCCUCCGAUUUGCUCACUUGGGACACGUUUCGUACGUUUUUAAUUAAAAGAACAAUUUGCUCCGAAGAACCCAGCUCUGCAUUGGAAUAGGAAGCUG